AUGGAAUUACCAAAUGCCAUCCCUUAUGCAUUCCGAUUUCGUCCAGAAUCGACUGCAUUGGUCAUUGUUGACAUGCAGCGAGACUUUCUUGAGCCUGGAGGAUUCGGCAGUAUCCAAUGUGGCGACGACGAGGUCUUCAAACGAGUCCGUGGGAUUGUUCCUGUGGUCCAGCGAGUCUUGGAAGCGUCCCGGGAGCUGGGACUUUAUGUUAUGCAUACUCGAGAGGGACAUCUCCCGGAUCUAUCAGAUCUACCCGCGUCUAAACGCCUUAGACAGACGACUGCUCCCAAUGGUCACCAUACAAUCGGUAUCGGUGAGCCAGGACCUAUGGGUCGAUUGCUUGUGAGAGGUGAGUAUGGCCACGAUAUAAUCGACGAGCUCAGACCUCUGCCAGAUGAAGUUGUCAUCGACAAGCCUGGCAAAGGAUCGUUCUGGAAAACAGGCUUCCACCGAGCUCUGCUGAAUCGAGGCAUUACACAUCUGCUGCUUGCUGGUGUGACUACUGAAUGUUGUGUGAACACCACGGCCAGAGAAGCUGCCGAUCGUGGCUUCGAAUGUUGCAUACUAAAUGACUGCACAUCAGGCUUUGAUGCCAACUUGGUCACCAGCGCCAACGACACAAUCUGUGCGUACGACGGUCUUUUCGGUUAUGUCGGUGCAUCUCGAGAUCUCAUCGAGCUGUGCGAAUCACAAAGUCUACCUGGCCCUUCUGAUGCUGCGAUGGCUCAAGAAGACUUGUCAUUGAUGAUCCUGGCGCGAGCUUACCGUGAAGGUACAACAACACCAGUAGACAUUGCUCGUAUUGUUGCUGGAAGGACACUCGAAUAUCAUCGUCAAAGUCCCAACGCGGUAGUUGAUUCCAAAGCACUGGAGACCCUUCUUCACGAAGCAGAGACCUUAGAACAGGAGUUUUCCAGUAAACCAUGGCCGUUGCUUUAUGGAAUUCCAUUCGCCACCAGCAGAGACAUCGAAGAUCCGACGGUUGAGGCUCUAAUCAGUGCUGGAGCUUUAUACAUAAGGAGUCUGCCAGAACCUCUGGUCUCUGUAGCUGCUCGAAUGGUCUCGUUCGCUUUGGACAGCAAUCCAUCGAGCAUUGCUCGAGCUAGGGUAUCGCAUAGGGUCGUUGUGUUCCAGCCUACUCUUAUUGAUGAUAGGCCUGCAAUCAACCAGGAUUCCGAAUCAACAGCAAUUGUUGCGCAAUCUGUUGAAGAGGCGCGUCAGGUUUGGCUGGCCUUGGAGCAGCACCUCGAUCGCCUGCAGAACACGUCUGCCAUAUCCCAAACGCUAACAAACUCAUGGGUAUGGCACGUCGAUUUCCGUGGUCCAAGGAACGGUGGCUUUGUGUUCGGCAUACCGAGUAUAUCGAGGGCCAAUUCUUGCUGCUCCGAUGCUUUACAGCAUAAUAUUCAAGCUGCUAAGUGGCUACAAGCAGCCGGCGGACAAGCUCAAGAAAUUGACUGGAACAUAUUCGAGCAAGCCGAAGAAGUCGCCCGGGACCUGUCUUCAUUAGCCGCUGCAGAGACUGUCAGUAUGAAAGCAGUAUUGAAUCUUCAAACCAGGCAGACGAAGCUGUCUAGACGAGCGACAAAAAUCCUAGAGAGUAUCGACGUCUUGCUUAUCUCCAUGACAGCAUGUUUAUGUCACACGGCCUCGCAACGUGCGGAGCAAAGCCGCUAUCUCUUCGACGGCAUGGCUGUAUGCAGCGUCAGUGUGAACACCAAACCUACCCAGACGCAGGAAAAAGAAGACAAUGGUGCUACACUUAUGCUAGUUGGCGCAACUGGAAGAGAUGGAAGGAUACUCGAUAUAGCAUGGGACUUGGAGAAAACGAUGCUACACUGA